CUUGCUUUCUUUGUGUGGCGCGGUGCGGCUGUGUGUCUUCGGAGAACGUGUUGCUGAUUUUAAACUUCACUUGCUACAUCUGCGUGCGGAUCAGUCCACCUACAACCAUAGAUUGUCUAACCUGUGUCUCUUCCACAGACGCAGCAAACAUCACGACCUGGUUCCAUGGCAAUGAGACGAGGACACGUCAGAUACCUGAAGGUGUGUGAGGUCCAACCAUCUCAGAGUGACAUCAGAGACUCCCAGCUCGCCUCCACAGGAGCUGUUGCAAAGGAGCUGUACGAUAACGGUUUCACGGAGGAGAUGAUGGAGGACGAGGACUCUCGGACCAACCUGAUCGUGAACUACCUUCCUCAGAGCAUGAGCCAAGACGAACUGAGGAGCCUGUUCAGCAGCGUUGGAGAGGUGGAGUCGGCAAAACUGAUCCGGGACAAAAUAGCAGGCCACAGUUUAGGUUACGGCUUUGUUAACUUUGUUAACCAUAAUGAUGCAGAGAGGGCAAUCAGUACCCUCAAUGGCCUGAGGCUACAGUCUAAAACUAUCAAGGUUUCGUUUGCUCGACCGAGUUCGGACAUGAUCAAAGACGCUAAUCUCUACAUCAGCGGCUUGCCCAGGACCCUGAGUCAGCAGGACCUCGAAGACAUGUUUGCUCCUUUCGGACGCAUCAUAAACUCCAGAGUUCUGGUGGACCAGGCUUCUGGACUCUCUCGGGGCGUGGCCUUCAUCCGUUAUGACAAGAGGGCCGAGGCCGAGGCCGCCAUCAGACACCUGAAUGGAAACAUGGCGCCCGGCAGCUCUGAGGCCAUCACUGUCAAGUUUGCUGCCAACCCCAAUCAGGGCAAGAACUCUGUGAUGAUGGCACAGACGUACCACGGCCAGUCACGACGCUUCGGGGGUCCAGUUCAUCACCAGGCGCAGAGGUUCAGGUUUUCUCCGAUGAGCGUUGACCACAUGGGUGGAGGGGGCGGAGCCUCUGGGAGCCCGUCCUCUGGUUGGUGCAUCUUCAUCUAUAACUUGGGUCAGGAGGCAGACGAGGCCAUGCUGUGGCAGAUGUUCGGGCCGUUCGGCGCCGUCGUCAACGUGAAAGUGAUCCGAGACUUCAACACCAACAAGUGCAAAGGCUUCGGCUUCGUUAGCAUGGCGAACUACGAGGAGGCGGCCAUGGCGAUCCACAGCCUGAACGGGUACCGGCUGGGGGACAAAGUCCUGCAGGUGUCCUUCAAGACCAGUAAAGGACACAAGUAAAGGGGGUGGAGCUAAGCUCGCCGAUGUAGUUUGUCAGUUCAAGUUUUUCAAUUUGAGUAGUUUAGAUAUUUUUUCCCAGCAUGCAGUUCUUCUUAUUUUGAGGUGUAACUUCUCUGAGCCAGAUGUUCUGUCCUGAAGCUGCAGGGUGAUUGACAGCUGUAACUCGGUGAUUGACAGCUGAUGGUGCGGGACAGUUUCUGCUUCAGUUUGUAUUUUUUUCAGUGUUUUUUAUGUGCAAACAUCAGACGUCUUUUAUCGUUUGUUUCUCACCUGUACAGGUGUCUAACAUGCUCCUCGUAUUAAAUAUCUACAUUUCUGCAUAGCUCGUCGUCAUUCUGUCUGAUGAUUGACAGCUGUCAGACAGAAAAUGUUGAUGUUUGUCCGUGUACAAAUAACUUAAAAGAAUUAAACACACCUGAACUGAUGUC